AUGAAUCGUGGUCGUACUGUUUUCCAGUUAACCACACUUUCUUCUAUACUUAUUAUCUUUAUAUUUUCUUUUUAUUAUGCUGAAGGAAGAUAUAGGAAUAUUGGACAGAUAAAAAUGUGCCCACCUGGUGGAGAAAGUUUUGCUGUAGCUUGGCAAUUAUCAUGUAAUCUAAUGAAAAAAAGAAGUCAACAGACUGAUAAAGACAUUUAUGGUAAAAUUUAUAAUGAUAAUCAAAAAAAAAAUUCAACGCAUAAACGUUAUAUGCAGAGGGCGUUAUCAUUAAAUGAACUUAUGAAAUAUUGUUGUUUGUAUGGUUGUACACCAAAAGAUUUAAACAGUUAUUGUUUCUAA